GUGGAAGUCAAGCUUUCCUGAAUAUUUUUAGCAUCUGAAAAAGUUUUUGGCAGUUGACCUGUGUUGUCUUAAUUGACUGAAGAUUGAUCGUUGACAUGAAGGGUUUUCUGGAAGUCGUCUUCUGGAUGACCUUUUUAGGUACGAGUAGUCUACAGAACUCCAAGUGUCCAGAUGUCUGCAGAUGUUCUUCAGGAGUCGUAGACUGCUACGGAAGAGGUCUCUAUUUCAUCCCAGAAGAUCUGGAUGAAGACACCCACACCAUGCUCCUCGCCUACAAUAGAAUUACUGCCCUGAAGACGUUAUCAUUUUAUAAAUACCCAUACCUUAGUCAUCUGGAGUUGCACAACAAUUUAAUCUCCAACAUUGACCCUCAGGCCUUCAAGAACCUUCAGAAUCUGACCUACUUGGAUCUCAGCAGAAACCAGUUGACAAUCUUAAAACCAAAGGUUUUCGAGCCGUUGACGGGCCUAAAAACAUUAAACUUGGGGAACAACUGGAUUACCAGGCUGCCCGGGGAUAUCCUGGAGCCCCUCAGAAAUCUGACCACGCUGUAUUUACACAACAACGCCCUGACCGGCCUGAGGGUGGACAUUUUAUAUCAUUUACCGUCCUUGACGCAUCUGAGAUUGGAUGGAAACCCCUGGGUUUGCACUUGUCAAAUUCAGUAUCUGUUGUCUUGGAUGAUAGACAAUGCUCAGAAAAUUUAUGAGAAAGAAAGAACUUUAUGUGGAGUCCCAAAAUACCUGAACCAAUAUCCUAUCCUAGAAAUCGAGAGGGGCUGGUUCGACCACUGCCAGGACUUCUUCACCCUGCAUGAAUACCUUUAUUUCCUGCUGAUUGGCCUGGUGCUUUUCCUGAGCAGCAUCAUCCUCUGCAUGGUAACGGGGGGUCUCAUUGUUUUCUACGAACGGUUGUUACUAAAAGCCCGACGAAAGCCACAUGUGUAUAAGAAAAGGACAGUGAAGAAACGGGAGAGCAUAACCAACGGCCACCACAUACCAGUGUGCCAUAUAUAAGUCGUGACCGAAACCUGCCUGUGCCUUCACUUGCUGAAAAAUUUAAAGGGACACGAGUUAUAUAUAAAAAAAAAAUUAGGAACACUUGCCAUGAUCUACUCCUCUUUACAUAACCCUUCUAAUAUCACAAUCCAAAGGAUGAAAAAUGCAAAAAA